AUGUCAACAGUUACAGUUAAUACACCAAAUUCUCCAGUAACUACUGGAACCCAAACGUCAACAGUUACAGUUAAUACACCAACUUCACCAGUAACUAGUGGAACCCAAACGUCAACAGUUACAGUUAAUACACCAACUUUUCCAGUAACAAGUGGAACCCAAACGUCAACAGUUACAGUUAUUACACCAAAUUCACCAGUAACUAGUGGAACCCAAUCGUCGACAUUUACCGUUAAUACACCACCUUCAACAAUAGUUAGUGGAACCCAAACGUCAACAGUUACAGUUAAUACGCCAACUUCACCAGUAAGUAGUGGAAUCCAAACGUCAAAAGGUACAGUUAAUACACCAACUUCACCAGUAGCUAUUGGAAACCAAACGUCAACAGGUACAGUUUAUACACCAAUUUUACCAGUAACUAGUGGAACCCAAACUUCAACAGUAACAGUUAAUACGCCAACUUCACCAGUAACUAGUGGAACCCAAACGUCAACAGGUACAGUUAAUACGCCAACUCCACCAGUAACUAGUCGAAUCCAAACGCCAAUAGGCACAGUUAAUACACCAACUUCACCAGUAACUACUGGAACCCAAACGUCUACAGUUUUAGUUAAUACACUACCUCCAUCAGUAAAUAGUGGAACCCCAACGUCAACAGUUACAGUUAAUACACCAACUCCGCCAGUAACUAGUGGAACCCAAAUGUUAACAGUUUUAGUUAAUACAUCACCUCCAUCAGUAAAUAGUGGAACCCAAACGUCAACAGUUACAGUAAAUACGCCAACUCCACCAGUAACUAGUGGAACCCAAACGUCAACAGUUACAGUUAAUACACCAAAUUCACCAGUAACUAGUGGAACUCAAACGUCAACAGUUACAGUUAAUACGCCAACUUCACCAGUAACUAGUGGAACCCAAACGUCAACAGUUACAGUAAAUACGCCAACUUCACCAGUAACUAGUGGAACUCAAACGUCAACAGUUACAGUUAAUACGCCAACUUCACUAGGAGCUAGUGGAACCCAAACGUCAACAGUUACAGUUAAUGCGCUAACUCCACCAGUAACUAGUCGAAUCCAAUCGCUAAUAGUAACUAGUGGAACUCAAACGUCAACAGUUACAGUUAAUACACCACCUUCACCAGUAACCAAAACAUUAACAUUUAAACAACCAUCACCAACAACAGCUAGUACAUCAUUUCAAACUGCAACAAGUGGUGGUGCAUUAACAUCUGUAGCAAUAAGUAAAAUUCCAACUGCAAAAUCUGUCCCUCACACUUCAACAGUUACAAGUACAACACCAUAUAUUAAAGUACAAAGUGGUACAUCUAGCCUUUCAGCUUCCUCACCAACCACUGUACCGACCCCAUUCAUGAUAUUACCAAAUGGAUUAGUUAAUCCUAUUGGACAGGCUAUGUUAGGUGGCUCCAAUCUAGGGACAGGAUCACCAAACACUAAUAGAGUUGUAUAA